AUGUGGUUAGCUUCAGAACGCGACGAUGAAAGUGGUAGAAAUACCAAUGAAGCCACAAGAUUGAAUCAAGGUGUAGUAGUGACUACAAAUGAGGAUGGGGAUGCAAACAUUAAAGCUUCCAUUCGGGGGCCAACUUUUCAAAUCUUCAAGUUUGCAUUGUUCCAUGGGGUAUACUCAAGUGAUAUGCUGCAGCUUGCCUGGAUGACAGCUGAAUGCGUAAGAAGGCAAGCAAAGAAUUUGAUAGUUUUUGUUAUGGCCUUUGAGGGCAAUGAGAACAUCAGGCUCUUUGUUUUUUUGCGGCUUUGCCCAGCAGCCCAGGAGUAA